AGUAGUUGCGGAAAUUAAAAUCAAUCGUUUUCGUUGACUUAGCUGUACAAUGAAUGGCUUAACGCAUGCGGAAUUCAUAAAACCUCUCUYGUAUUGAUGUUAUUAUUAAYAGUGAAAACCACAACGGAGCGAACGAUCUAUAGCAAGCUGUUAUUAGUCCCCUUGUCAAAGGCUUCCAAUCAAAUGAAAACACAAAAAAACUGCUGCAAACAAACAUGACAGCGAUGCUCUCCUGUCGUGGCUGUGUCUCAUUAGUUGCGACGCUGGGGCCGGUGUUUUUUUAACGGGAUUUAAAUUGUGGUACAAAUCGUGUAUAAUUCCAAAAUCGGAUGUAAGUAAUAACGAAGCGGAAAAGGUUUCUCCACUUGGUUGGCUUAUUAGUUUCAUCGUUCAUUUAAUGAGUUCUUAACUGUUCUUUCUAAACGACACUGAGUUGAAUUUACGAUUGGGUUUAAGAGGUACACCUGGCUAUCGACGUGCUGCUGAGCUCUUGAUAAAUAGAUGCUAUAUAGCUUUUGACAGAUGGUUGAGUUAGCCUUCCUUAGAUUAACAUCUAAGUGGCUGGUCUUUUUUCGUACUUUUGCAGAUGAUAUGUACAGUUACGUAAAACGCUGAGUAAGUCUAAAUACAGCUUUACACACUUGAGUUAUCCGUGGUCGUUUUAUCGUCGCCUAUCGCCAGUCAAAUUGAUAUGAGAUGUAUCUACAACAUCAAUUCUAAAGCUUCCGUUGCCUAAACAAAAAUCAACUUGCAAUACAGUGCRCUAUUUAUUAACAAAAUGAACAAUACAAGUGUACAUGCGAUAAAAAGAAACGUGGUUCUUCAAAAGCAUGARUUGUGGUAUUGGAUUCUUUCGAUUCAUCUUUCAUUUCUGUCCGUCGCUGGUAAUAGUGCUGUUAUUUACAUUAUUUGGUCCACUGCGAAACUACAAACCAAGCAAAAUGCAUUCAUAAUAUCUCUUGCGGUUGCGGAUUUAUGCGUGGGACUUUUUAUUACACCUACAGGUCUUAUCUGUACUUACUUUGAACGAUGUGAAAUCCAGCUUCAAGUUGUUUUCUAUAACUUCUUGUUGCUUGCCUCAAUGACCAGUUUGAUUAUCAUGACAUUGGACCGAUAUAUAGCGGUAAUUUACCCUAUGAAAUACAACGUACUUGUAACUAAAGUAACAACAGCACUGCUGAUAGCGCUAGCCUGGAUCUUUGCAUUCUUUAUCUCAUUUAUACGACUAGCUUGGCUCUACGCCGAUCUGGAUGCGUUAAAACGUAACGACCGUGUCUAUAGACUAGUCACAAACUUAACAAUGGGGCUUCUACCUUGUUUGAUAGUCCUCUUUGCUUUCGCUAAGAUCUUUCUUGCUGUUAGAGGACAGUACUCACGCCAAGAAUCCCAACGUAUGCAAGUUGCUUUUAACCACAGUACAGCAACAUGCACAAGUGUACUUGAACAAGARAGUCCGCGUGUCAACCACCGAAAAAACAACACUCACAAGCACCGCAAGAAUUCCUCAGUGAGAGUUCUUGGWGGGAUUGUAAUUUURUUYGUUUUCUGCUAUUCAUUCAAUCUCGCGAUAUCGUUCUGCGAAGACUACGAUCUCUGUAAAGUAUCCGACAAUUUCCGCGACGUUUCGAUGAUUUUUAUUUAUAUAAAUUCGUCAGUGAAUUUUAUAGUUUAUGCGUUUUUGAAGAGAGAAUUUCACCAGACUCUAAAUUUGAGAUUUCGCUCACUCAGGCUAUAAAAACAAUCUUUAUAGUUUUCCAGUGUUAUUGAGUAUCCUCAUGCAGACAGCAGACUUAGUGAGUAUAUUGUUACAAAUGAUAUACUUUGUCAUCAGUAUCAGCACAGAUUUAAUAAUGUGAAUGACUUCAGUGAAACUGAAAGGGAAAAUCACUCGUUAAUUAAAGUUACAACUCUAUUAUUACYCAAACCUCAACCUAUUUAUAACUGUCAAAUAUCACAACAAGAGYGAGCCAAAACCGUCACUCAAWUCAAUCGCYUGUUGGAUUUUUGCAUAUAUCUGUAUAUGUGAAAAAGAAUUGACCCUAUAAAUAUCCAUUCUCGCAAUUCGUUUCCAUCCGUCGGAUUUACGAUCACGUUACGUAAAGCAUAAAGGGAUAAGCUUUUGCUUAUAUUAAUUAAGAUUAUUCUAUAUUUUUAGAUAUAGCUUUUCAGGUGGUUUUUCUUAAUCAUUUAAGAACAUUGUUUUUUACCCUGAGGGGUUAAAUGCUUUGUUGAUUACUUUUAUAACACUACACCCUUCAUCAAACAAAGCAAUAUCCAUGCUAGAUAGACCUAAAAUUGACUUGAUUCUCGAGAUUCAUUGCAACCUGUWCGGUUGGGUGUCUAAAACUAAAUGGGGUAUAUAAGGGGCUACACUAGCUAUAUGAACCAAGAAAAUUAAAAGGAACUAAAYUAAAAAAGCUAUACGUGCAUACAGCUGUGUAUAUACAAUAAUAUCGAAUUGGAGAUUGCGCAGCUGAAAAGAACUAAUAUAUUUUUCUCACUUUUAGUGAUAUACAAUUUCAAGUUUUGAUUUUUGUUAUUUUGAGUGCAACAUCAGUAAUCUAUUUCAACAUAAAUUGAUUGCGCUAUAUCCAGCAGUUGUGUUCACUAAAUCAUAGUGCACUUUGCGAUAAGGGUAGUUUUUUUUAAGUCUGCAUAGGUGCGCAAAGCAUGAUAAAUGUAUCCCAUCAUGCUAUACGUGCUUAGUGUAUUGAUUCUGUAAUUAAUUGCUAUGACAACGGUGAAAAAUUUGGCUCCUUUUAURUUUUACUCUGUGUGACGGACCGAGGGAGGCCUAAUCAGGGUUGUCAUCCCUAAGAAAUACUUAGAUCCAGAGAAAUUUGGAUUUAACCUCUCUAUUUGAGAUUCCCAGUAUCAAUAGAACCAGCGAGUAAGUGCACAGCGCAAGGCUUGCUUUAGAACAMUUCACCUGGUUUUGUUUGCUCUUCUUUUUACAUCAACUUGCCAUACACUUAAACAGAAACUGACAUGAAUUAAUUCCCUUGGCUUUCUCUUUGUUUGCUUUUCAGAAUUGAUCUGAUAAGACUUCCUUCAGCAGCUUGAUUGAAUUAGUUUGAUGUAUGAUAAGAUUAGAGAUCGGAAUGGAUGGUUAUUUUAUAAUCAUACGGUGUCUUAGCUCAAAAAUAAAAUUAAUUCAACAUGAAAUUGUACGAUCUUUACAUUAUAGAUCCCCAUAUUAGUGGUAGUUAUACACAAACUUUGACAAACUYUAGGUCACCGGCUUUUAUCAGAGAGCCAGUUGAAUUAGCUCGUUAUCCAACGAUUGAUCUCUUUGCCGCGCUCCCCCCCUCCCUAUAGAUUUUGUCAAAUAAAAUAGAUGUCCCCCCCACAGCCUAGUGCAUGGUGUCUGUACUGCAGAGGUGUCCUGUUGCGUAUUAACUGUAUCUGAGGUUUGAGUAUAAUAGGGGUGGUCGUACUACUAGAGAUCUUAGUUGUA